AUGACUUUCGAAGAAAUCGGUCACAUUGACGUGUCUGGUGUUAAUAAAAUACACCAUAUUGUUUUCCAAGAUGAAAAUACAUUCUGGGUCAAUGAUGGGUCUGAAUGUCUAAGACAGACAGACAUGCAAGGACAAAUAUUACACACGAUCAAAACUGCUUCUAAUGGAGACGGCAUUCAUACAUUCACAGAACAUGAAAACAGGAAUGGCGAUGUAAUAGUGACAAGUAAUGGAAACAAAAAGGUUGUAGUUGUGAUGGACAGAUCGGGAAGAUACAGAUUUAGCUAUACAGGAAAUCCAGGAAACUCGAUUGCAAAUCCCUGGGGAGUAGUGACGGAUAUUCUAAAGAACAUUCUUAUUUGCGACAGUGAUAACAAAAGGAUCCAGAUUAUCAACGAAGAUGGCAUGUUUCUCGCAUACAUAAAUGUGCCUAAUGCGUACGGUUUUCUUAGCGCUGUGGAUGUUGAUGACAUGCAUUACGUUUGGGUGGGAUUUUCGAGUUCUGGUACAAUAAGAAAAUUUCGAUAUCUUCAAGAAUGA